AUGUCAGUACUUCUGCCCGGGGACCUGGUCCCCACGAGCCAGAUCCCAACGUCCCAGAAGCGCAAAAUCGGCCACGGACUCCAACCAGAAACAGACACCGACUUUGUCGCAACCAUUGGGGGACUCUUGGAAAUUGACUACCGCAAGAAGACCGCACAGAUAUCCACGCCGGAUGCUCGCUACAUACCAAAAGCAGGAGAUCUCGUGAUCGCGCAAGUGCGAAUCUCAACGGCAGAUUUUUUCCAGGUCUACAUCAACGCUUAUUCGCCCCAGGCAUUCUUACCACAGUUGGCCUUUGAGGGCGCAAGCAAGAAGACGAGACCUCAACUGAAGACGAACGACCUUGUCUACGCCAAAGUUGUCUCUGCUCAGAAGAACAUGGAGAUCGAGUUAAGUUGUGUGAAUCCAUCCACGGGCAAGGCGGAACCAGAUGGAUUGGGGCCUCUUAAUGGCGGUAUGGUAUUUGAUGUCAGCCCCGGUCUGGCCGAGAGACUUCUCAAGAAGCAAAGUGUUGUCGCGCUGGAGGAACUGGGGUCGAGGCUCCCAGGUGGGUUUGAGAUUGCCGUGGGCAAGAAUGGGAAAGUGUGGGUUGAUUGUCCUGGGGCAGAUGUCAAGGGAAUUUGUGCCGUGGGUCGAUGUCUGAGAGAGAUGGACGAGAACGAGUUGAAGGAGAGGGAGCAGAAGAAGCUGGUGAACAGGAUCAUUGCCGAGUUGGAGCGUGGCUGA